AUGAAAGUUAAAGAUGACGAGGAGAUGAGAGGAUGCAAACAUUCCAACCUCCAUCAGCUUCAGCUUGACAGCUUGAUAUCGAACCCCUUUACGCACGGUACUGACCUGGUACCGUUUGAUACUUCUCACAAGAUGACCUACAUUUGCCGACGGAGCUAUAGCAGCAACUCCAAGCCACCCUCGCCUCAUGUCAUGGUAUACAAGAACUUCGGUCGCCCCUUUAUAAAGUUAUUUAUAGGCUCCUUGGUCUGCUAUCAAGCUGCUUAUUGGGCGUGGAACAAACUAGAGCGGGAAGAUAUAAUCCACCGCAGCGGCAGUGGAAACCGCAAGCCUGCGCAACCACCAAACAAUUGA